ACAAACGAGUUUCACGCAGUGUGUCUGGAGUUCAUUCAGGCACUUGAUGCCUGUCACGCCGACGGUUGGUCGCGCUGGACGGGAGGCUGUAACCAGGCAAAGCAAGACCUGAACAUGUGUCUUAGAAAGGAGCGUGUCGACCGCACGACAAAGAAUCGGGAGCAGGCGAAAGCAAAACGAGAAAGAAUUGAGUAUGCUUGGAAAGAGCUCCGUGAAGACUGA